GCCUGUCUCUCUUUCUCUCUCCUCCUCGCCUUCUUGCCUUGGCUUCUUUGGAGGCAGCAGCAGAGGAAGAGCUGCUCUGUCGAUCCCGGCUCGGGCGGCAGAGCAAAGGGGGACGGCAAAAAGGACCUUCUCCAUGGCAAGAUAGCCCUCGCUCCUAAUCCUUGCACUAAGAGACCAGUUGAUGCCUGGCUGCCAGGAUUGGCAACUCUCCUUCCAUCAGAGGCAUCCUUGGCCAAACCUGGCACCGUUUGAAACCUAGAUCCCAUCUCUUCCAGCCUAGAACCGUUCAGAAAAGAACCUGCGUUCCUUGGCAGAGAGAUCUGGAGAAGCCGGGAGCAUCCUUUCCUCCAAGAGAUCCAGGAGACAUCUGCACCCGGGAUUGGUCUGUGCCAAGGAGGAGGAGGAAGACAACGACCACAGGCUGCUGCCUCUCUUUAAUUUGCAAGGAGACAAGCGCCUCUUAAUUAGCUCGCUUUGGCAGCUGUCCGGAGGAACCAAGGAAACAAGUGGCAGCGUUCUCUUAACAAGGGAAGAAAGGAGAAGGCAUAGCGGCGGCUGAAGCCGAACCAGGCUCUUCCUCUCCGUCGGACGGUCAACCGAUGCCCUGUGAUCCUCGGACAUCUCUCCAGUGACCGUUUCCAAGCCUUCCUUUGUGAACUCAGACUCGGACCCUUCUCCUUGCUGGCGAGGAUGAGCGACAUGUCGGACCCGGCCAACCUGGGGGUGGUCUCGGCCACCUGUGUCUCCAAAGUGGAGCUGAGGGUCAGCUGCAAGCACCUCCUAGACCGCGACACCCUCAACAAAUCGGACCCCUGCGUGGUGCUCCUCAUGCAGUCCCAAGGGCAGUGGAUGGAGGUGGACCGGUCGGAGGUCAUCAAAAGCAACCUGAACCCGGUCUUCGCCAAGGUCUUCAUGGUGGACUAUUACUUCGAGGAGGUUCAGAAGCUGCGCUUCGAGGUCUACGACAUCCAUGGCCACGGAGGGAUCGGGACCCAUGACGAUGAUUUUCUGGGCGGGAUGGAGUGCACCGUGGGGCAGAUUGUGGCCCAGAAGCGGGUGAGCAAACCUCUGUGCCUGAAGUACGGAAAGUACGCAGGGAAGUCCACCAUCACAGUCACCUCAGAAGAGAUUUCCGGAGACAACGGCUUUGUUGAACUCUUCCUCCGGGCCAAGAAGUUGGAUGAUAAGGAUCUCUUCAGCAAGUCAGAUCCCUUUCUAGAGAUCUACCGGAUCAAUGACGAUGGGAGCGAGCAGUUGGUCCACCGCACAGAGUUUGUCAAGAACAACCUGAGCCCAGUUUGGGAGCCCUUCAAAGUCUCUCUGAACUCCCUUUGCAGCUGUGAAGACAAGCGGAAGCUGAGGUGCAUUGUCUUCGACUACGACUCACGCGGCAAACACGACUUCAUUGGCGAGUUUUACACCACUUUUGAGGAGAUGCAGAAAGCCAUGGGGGGAAACAAGAUCCAAUGGGACUGUAUAAACCCAAAGUACAAGAUCAAGAAGCGGAACUACAAGAACUCAGGUGUGGUCAUCCUUCUGGACCUGAAGAUCCACAGGGUCUACUCCUUCCUGGAUUACAUCAUGGGCGGAUGCCAGAUCCACUUCACGGUGGCGAUUGACUUCACGGCAUCCAACGGAGACCCUCGAAACAGCUGUUCCCUCCACUACAUCAACCCUUACCAGCCCAAUGAGUACCUGAAGGCCUUGGUGGCCGUCGGGGAGAUUUGCCAGGAUUAUGACAGCGACAAGAAGUUCUCUGCCUUAGGCUUCGGAGCCAGGAUCCCCCCCAACUAUGAAGUCUCCCAUGAUUUUGCCAUUAAUUUCAACCCAGAUGACGACGAGUGUGAAGGCAUCCAAGGUGUGGUGGAGUCCUACCAGAACUGCUUGCCCAAGAUCCAGCUCUACGGCCCCACCAAUGUGGCCCCCAUCAUCUCCAAAGUGGCCCAAGUGGCUGCUGAGGAGGAGAAGACCAAGGAAGCCUCGCAAUAUUUCAUUCUUCUGAUCCUGACGGACGGCGUGGUGACCGACAUGGCUGACACGCGAGAGGCCAUUGUCCGAGCCUCCUACUUGCCCAUGUCCAUCAUCAUCGUCGGGGUGGGCAACGCUGAUUUCACAGACAUGCAGAUCCUGGACGGGGACGAUGGGGUCUUGCGGUCUCCCAAAGGGGAGCCCGUCCUGCGCGACAUUGUGCAGUUCGUCCCCUUCCGCGAUUUCAAAAACGCCUCUCCGACGGCGCUGGCCAAAUGCGUCCUGGCUGAGGUGCCCAAGCAAGUGGUGGAGUAUUACAGCUACAAGGCCUUGCCACCCCGCAGCCACAAAGGAGGAGGCAGCACCCCGGAUUCCACCCUGAACUCGCCCCAGUGACCAGGGAGGGUCCGGCUCAUUUUGGGACCCUCCUCCACCGCUGCUGUGUUGUCUGUCCUCCCGUCAUCCUCCAACUCAUGAUCCCCAGUGAAGUGACCAGAGGGAAACAGAGUGCCAUACACUGCCGGACGUGUAAGACGAUGAAGCAUUAGUUUCCUGAAUUACCGGAGGAGGCCAGGAGCAAAGGGUUGGCUGCCCUUAGUGGACCAAAAGAUUUUUCGGAAGUGUUUCCCAAGUGAAGCAAAGUGUCACACUUCAAAACACACACCACACAUGAGGGAAAAUUGCAAAAAAGGGAUGCUGGGAGGAGGAUUUAAAGCCUAAACGGAAGACACCCAAGGGUUUCUUGGCUCUCUUGGUCUGGAGGACAGUGAUCACAAGUAGAGAGAAGGAGAAGAAUACAGAGAAGGAGGAGAAUAAUUCUCAUGUACACACGUACCUAUGUGGUAUUUACUCUCUGGCCACCCAAGGGACUACCUUUCCUGAAGUUUGCCAUUUAUUUAAUUGUAUUGUAGAUUGGAGUAUAUGGCGCUUGGGGGUCUCUUUCAUCCAUCUACACCCAAACACAAAUAGCCACAAAUGGGACCACCUUCCCUGCAGUUUGCCAUUUAUUUACUUGUACUGUGGGUUGGACUAGAUGGCCCUUGGGGGUCCCAUUCAUCCAUCUACACACAAAUACACAUAUCAACCACAAAUGGGACUACCUGCCCUGCAGUUUGUCAUUUCUUUAAUUGUUCUGUGGAUCCUGCCCAAGCUGUGGGUUGGGCUAGAUGGCCCUUGGGGGUCCCACCCAUGUAGCCAUACUUGCACUUGGCAAGAAUCCUCUACUUACCACAGGGGCAACUCUCCCUGCAGUUUGCCCAUUCGUUUCUUCAAUUGCACUGUUGAUCCAUUACAGGAUGGACUAGAUUACCCUUGGGGGGGGGUCCCAUCCAUACACAAACACACAUAACAAGAAUAAUCCAGCUAUCAAAGGAACUACCUUCCUUGCAGUUUCCCCACCCCUUUCUUCCAUUGCACUGUGGAGCCAUUAAGGGAGGGACUAGAUGGCCCUUGGGGAUCCCACCCAUCCAUGAAUUUACCUGUAACUUUAUUUAUAUUCAAAAAAGUUAUAAAGUAGAUCUCCACAACUCUUAUGAUGUGGUGCCAAGAGAACCUAUAGCCAAAGGAAUGUGGAGAACAGGGAAGUAAUGAGCACAGAAACAUAUACAUGUAUUAUGCUACACACACAAACCCAGCUCCCUGCUUUGUGCUACAGUUCUCAGUAGGUUUUGUCUGGAGUGGGUGUUUUGCUGCCUGGGCUUCCGUCGCAGAGGAGAGGGCGAUCCUCAGGACUUCUCCAUGGCUGUGCAAACUCUCCAGGCAGCUGGAUGGACCUUCCAAUCACUCCUCCUUUGCCCCUUUCAAAUGGGGAGAAGCAUCCUUUCCUUUACUAAAAUCACCAUCUUCCUUUCCCCCCAUGAAAUCACCUGGGGAGCCAUGGCAUUGUCUGCACGUGAGGAAUGGAUGCCAGGUCCGGACAGUGAGUUUGGAGGGUUCUCAGUUGCAUUGUUGCCCCUCUCCCCUCCUUGUCCAGCUCUGACUAUUCUCUCCAAUGUGGUCCACAGUCGUCUUUUCGGUGUUGUCGUCCGCCUUCGGUUUGCAUGACCAACCUCUUGUUCUUGAUGUACAAAAGGGGAGACGCCAAAUAAAAGGAGAUGUUCAAUUUC